CAUUAGUGUCCAGACCAUGCUCCACAGUCCUGUGACAGUGAACAGAAUUCUGCGGCGAGAGGCCGUUUGAUUGAUCCCAGAUCUCCAUAGAGGGCCGAUGCCUGAACUCCCCGAGGUUGAGGCUGCAAGAGUGUUAGUCCAUACACAUUGUAAGGGCAAAUGUAUUGAGCAGGCCAUCGCUGCAGAUGACACAAAGGUCAUUGAAGGAGUAAGUCCUGAGGAGCUACAGAAUGCUUUGCGAGGGAGGACCAUCGUGGAUGCCCAUAGGAAGGGCAAACACAUGUGGUUGGAGCUUGAUGGUGAAAAUCCAGCCCUGCUGUUUCACCUAGGGAUGACCGGCUACAUGGUGGUGGAAGGCGUCCCCAUAGUGCAGUAUGUGAAUGCCAAGAAGCGUGGAGACGAAUGGCCUCCAAAGUACUGGAAGGUGGUGCUUGAGACAGACUGUGGAGUCAAGCUGGCGUUCUGUGACCCCAGGAGAUUUGGAAAAAUCAGGCUUCAGGCCGAUCCAGAGAACAAUGAGCCAAUCAGCAAGCUGGGCUUCGACCCGAUCUUGAGCAUGCCAGAUCUGGCCACCUUCUCAGGCAUGCUCGCAAAGCAGAGGCGCUCUGUCAAGCCCUUGCUGCUGGAUCAGAGCUUUUCUGCGGGAGUGGGCAACUGGGUGGCCGACGAGAUCUUGUACCAGGCCAAGAUACACCCAGAACAGAAGGCAGCCUCCCUUGACGAAGCGCAGUGCGCUGCACUCCACCACCAGAUGAAGGCCGUCCUUCAGACUGCUGUUGAUGCUGGCGCCGAUUCAGAGAAGUUCCCAAAGACUUGGUUGUUCCAUCAGAAAUGGGGAGCUGGCAAGAAGGGGCCGGCCCCGAGGCUUGAAGGAAACAAGAUAGAGUACAUGCAGGUGGGGGGUCGCACAACAGCAUAUGUGCCGGCACUUCAGAAACUCAAAGCUCAGGCCGCUGAGAAGCCAAAAGCAGCAAAGAAGAAGGCAGCUGACAGCGAGACUCAGGCUGCCGUACCAGCAGUAAAGCAGCCCAGGAAGAGAGCAGCGCCCAAAACCCCGAAAGCACAAAGUGUCGCUGCAGAGGAAGAGGAAGACGGAGCGUCUGAAGAAGCAGCCAAGCCAGUAAAGAAGAGCACAAAGAAGAAUAAUGCAGAUACAGAUGACCAGGCAAACAAGGCUGAAGCGGCGGCACCAACCAAGAAAAGGGGCAGGAAAACUUAAGGCAAAGCAGAGAAUGAUGGAGUAUCCUGCUGAUUUAGUACUGCAUGCAUGUGCAGCACCCUACAUAUGCCGGGUACAAGACCGUUGAUGGUCCGAUAAGGUAGAGAUGUUAACAGAGGCCUUGAGGAGCUCUUAUGCAAAAUAUUACACAGUGAUGAUAAGAGCUACGACAUGGCAGAGUUGUGUAUAACCAUUUUUAAUGCCACAACGAAUCCCUCUCGACGCUAGAAAUUUCACUGUAAGUCAUAGAUUCUCCAAU